AUGGAUGAUCCAUUGAUCUUUUCGAUGGAUGAUCAUUUCGUCGAAGAACAUUUAGUUCGACUCGAUCUACGUUCGAAACAUUUGAAACAUAUCGAUCAAUUGCCGAAUAAUAUUGAUUUCAACGUUAUUCUACUCGAUAAGAACGAAUUAACCGAAAUCGCACAAUUGGAUCGAUUUGCUCAUUUAAUUCAAUUGUCUGUAUCUCAUAACCGUCUGACUAGCAUUCAUCUACUUCAUCGACUCAGAUCACUACAAAAACUCGAUCUUAAACACAACUUAAUCGAUUCAGUCGAUGGUUUGAAAACUCUACACAAUCUUACCUUACUCAACAUUUCUCAUAACAAUGUAGCCAGCAUUGCAGUUCUAAACAAUUGCUCGAAUCUACAAUCAAUCGAUGCCAGUGAUAAUUACAUUCAACAGAUCGAAGAUCUUUCUCGAUUGACAUCGUUGAAAUAUUUAAAUUUACAUAAAAAUUUUCUGCAUACAUUGAAUUCAGCAUUACGCUAUUGGCCUAAAUCGCUUCAUACAUUGAUUAUAUCCGAUAAUGAAAUCCAAGAUUUAACUGAAGUUGCCCAUCUGACGUCCUUUGUCAAUCUGAACACACUUUACAUCAUCGAUAAUCCAUGUUUAUCAGUAGUUGAUGAAAAACAUGGAUGUCACCAACCAUUUGACUAUCGACCGUUUAUUUUGAAUUGGUGUUUAUCAAUUCAUAAUCUAGAUGGUUUACUUGUCACACGAAAAGAAAGUUUGAAAAGUGAAUGGCUGUUAAGUCAGGGCAAAGGCCGAUCAUUUGGGUCCGGUGAACAUGCCGAACUCGUUCGAUAUUUGACACGGGUCUGCGGUACAGACGGAAAUGAAAAAGAGGAUACUAAUCUAUCACAGAUUAUACACCAAAAAGAUUUGCACAAUCAACAACGAUACUCUGAACAUUCAAACGAACCAAUGAUGAUAACAUCAGAUACAAUUCGAGAUGCCAGUGAAACAUUAUCCCAUAAUACACAUAGCCGUUAUCAACAAGGCAAACUGAUUUCCGAGUCCGAAUUUAUUAAAUCGAAUACAUCAUCGUCUGCAACGUCCGGAGAUGAUGAAUCUAUCUCAUUCAUCCAUCAACGUCAGAUGCGAACACCAAGUCCAGCUUUUGCUCGAUCAGCACACGUCAACAUUCCUCAUAUUGAUGAUCCACCAACUGAAAAUAGUUCAAGCAGCCGUUAUAUUCAAUACGAUGAUCGACCAAUUAAGCCAUUAGAUCAAAACAUGCUUCAAGUCAAACUCAAUGAAUAUCCCAUCGAUAGUAAUGACGUCAUGAGUCACUCUCGUUCUCACAUGUCAGGCCAUUCACAGCCAAUUAGACCAUCAACUUCUGCUUUACCUUACAAUGCCGCUCACUAUUCACCGAAAGCGGCUACUUCCGAACCGACUCAUUCGAGUUUUCUUGCUCGAGAAACGGCUCGAGUACUUGCAAAUCGACCUAAUAGUCGAAAAAAAUUACAACGAAGAAAUACAAUUCACGUCAAUCCUCUUCAACCACUUGAACAGCUACAGACCUAUGUUAAACAAAACUCGACAGUGAUUCACGCAAAUCAGUCCACAAAACAUCAAGCGUUAAUUGACACUUCACAAAAUAAGAGAAAUUUAUACAAUUUUGGCUCAACGCCAAAUUUGUAUACACAGACAACUACUAACGAUAUAUUGAAGCCGUUCGCGAAAGCAAUUGGCUGA